AGUGGUGACAGUGUUAUUAUCAGACUGUUUCUGUUUCUCGUCUCCACAUCAUCCGACAGGCUUUUAUUGUUUUACUGGAGGAGCAGUGGCAGUUUGUUCAGUGUUUCUGCCUCCACCAUGAAAACUCUUCAGUGGAGAAUCUGAUAAAAAACGUCCUUCAGGGAUUUUUUCUUCUGUCAGACACUGAAACAGUUUGAGUAGGUUUAAGGGUCAAGUGUCACCAUGAGCCCAGUCAGGACCUCGUCACCCCGGUUUCAGCUGCUUUUCUUUAUGUCCAUCAUCUCAAUUGAACUUCCAUAUUUUGCAGCAGGAGGUUCUGCUCUGACCCUCAAGUCCAACAGCACACUCAGCAACCACACCAAAUGUGGAGGAACUACCGACUGCAUCGAAGGCGUUAUCCUGCCAGUAUGGAUGCCAGUAAACCCAGCCUUUACUGACCGCCUCGCCAGAGCCGCCAUUUACUUUGUGGGGUUGGCGUACAUGUUCUUGGGUGUCUCUAUCAUCGCUGACCGUUUCAUGGCCUCCAUCGAGGUCAUCACUUCCCAGGAGAGACAGAUCACCAUCAAGAAACCGAACGGUGAGAAGAUCACCACGACGGUGCGCAUCUGGAACGAGACUGUGUCCAACCUGACCCUGAUGGCGCUGGGUUCCUCCGCCCCAGAGAUCCUGCUGUCAGUCGUGGAGGUCUGCGGUCACAACUUUAACGCCGGUGAGCUGGGUCCCAACACCAUUGUAGGAAGUGCCGCCUUCAACAUGUUUGUCAUCAUUGGCCUCUGUGUGUCAGUCAUUCCUGAUGGAGAAACAAGAAAGGUGAAGCACCUCAGGGUGUUCUUCGUCACCGCCACCUGGAGUGUCUUUGCAUACACCUGGCUUUACCUGAUCCUGGCCGUCUUCUCUCCAGGUGUUGUUGAGAUAUGGGAGGGGCUUCUCACACUCUUCUUCUUCCCCAUUUGUGUUGGAUUCGCUUAUGUGGCCGACCGCAGACUUCUAUUCUACAAGUACAUGUACAAACGAUAUAGAGCAGGGAAGCGGAAAGGAAUGAUCAUUGAAACAGAGGGAGAACCAGAACCUCCCUCUAAGGUUGACAUUGAAAUGGACGGGAGAAUUCUCAACUCCCAUGGAGAGGAGACAGGGUUUGAUUUGAAGGAGCUGGAUGACGAAGAGGCCCGAAGAGAGGUGGCCAGGAUCCUGAAGGAGCUGAAACAGAAACAUCCUGACAAGGAGAUGGAGCAGUUGAUGGAGUUGGCCAAUUACCAAGUUUUAACCCAGCAACAGAAGAGUCGGGCUUUCUACCGCUGUCAGGCGACCAGGAUAAUGACAGGAGCAGGCAACGUCCUGAAGAAGCAUGCUGCUGACCAAGCCAAGAGAGCCACCCAGCACGAUAUCUGCUCCGAGGUUUCAGUGAACAAUUUUUCCUCCAAGGUGUUCUUCGACCCUGGUGCCUACCAGUGUCUGGAGAACUGUGGCAGUGUAGCUCUGAACGUGGUGCGCCGAGGUGGAGACCUAACAAACAUGGUCUCAGUGGACUACCGGACUGAAGACGGCACAGCAAACGCCGGCUCAGACUACCAGUUCACUGAAGGAACUAUUGUGUUCCAACCAGGCGAGACUGAAAAGGAAAUCCGCAUUGACAUUAUUGAUGAUGAUAUCUUUGAGGAAGACGAGCACUUCCUGGUUCACCUUACCAAUGUGAAGGUCAUAUCAGAGGGCGCUUGCUCAGACACGUGCGAGGCAAACCACAUGGACGCCCUUGCGGGUUUAGGUCUGCCGUGCACAGCCACAGUCACCAUCUUUGAUGACGACCACGCAGGGAUCUUUACGUUUGAGGAGCCAGUGGUAACCGUGAGUGAAAGCAUUGGGGUGAUGGAGGUGAAGGUGAUCCGGUCCUCGGGAGCUCGCGGUGUUGUGGUAGUGCCGUACAAAACCACAGAGGGGACGGCUAAAGGAGGCGGGGAGGACUUUGAGGACACACAUGGAGUCCUGGAGUUUGAGAACGAUGAAAUCUUGAAGACCAUAGCCGUUAGAAUAAUUGACCAUGAGGAGUACGAUAAGCAGGCCAGCUUCUACAUAGAGCUGCAGGAGCCAUAUUGGAACAGGCGGAGAUGGACAGGUGCGAAGAGGCACCUUGACCUCCCUGCUAUGUUGCUUCAUGAAGUCGGUGGAUUCAUCAAAACAGGCAAAGACAUCUACAGGAAGGUCCAGGGACGAGAGCACCCCGCCCCCUCUACCAUCAUCAACAUCACAGAGGAGGGGGGUGAGGAGCUUUUGAGCAAGAAGGAGGAGGAAGAGAGGCGGAUCGCAGAGAUGGGCAGACCGAUGCUGGGCGAGCACGUCAAACUGGAGGUUGUCAUAGAAGAGUCAUACGAGUUCAAGAGCACCGUGGAUAAACUGCUUAAAAAGACCAACCUGGCCCUGGUGAUCGGGACUAACAGCUGGAGAGAGCAGUUUGUGGAAGCCAUCACAGUCAGCUCUGGUGAUGAUGAUGACGACGAUGAUGGCGAGGAGAAGGUACCCUCCUGUUUCGACUACGUCAUGCACUUCCUCACCGUCUUCUGGAAGCUUCUUUUUGCCUUCGUUCCUCCCACCGAUUACUGGAACGGCUGGGCCUGCUUCGUCGUCUCCAUCUCAGUCAUCGGCAUGUUGACGGCUGUGAUCGGGGACCUGGCGUCACAUUUCGGCUGCACAGUCGGCCUGAAAGACUCUGUCACAGCUGUGGUGUUCGUGGCUUUGGGCACAUCUGUACCAGACACCUUUGCCAGUAAGGUGGCAGCCACCCAGGACCAAUACGCUGAUGCCUCCAUCGGCAACGUGACAGGAAGUAAUGCUGUGAAUGUCUUUCUGGGUAUUGGCGUGGCCUGGUCCAUCGCUGCCAUCUACCACUACUCCAAGGGCCAGGAGUUCAGGGUUGACCCUGGCACGCUGGCCUUCUCUGUCACACUCUUCACCAUCUUUGCCUUCAUCUGCAUUGCCGUCCUCAUCUAUCGCCGCCGGCCCGAGAUCGGAGGGGAGCUUGGUGGACCCCGAGUCCCCAAGAUCCUCACCACCUGCCUGUUCUUCAGCCUGUGGUUAAUGUACAUUGUCUUUUCCUCACUGGAGGCCUACUGCCAUGUAAAGGGCUUCUGAAAGUUCUGCUUCCAACAGGUCCCCAACAGUCUCUGUUGAACAGUUCUGAUGGAUUUCUAAAGGUUCCUGCAUAUUCUGACAGGUUCUCACAUUUCUGUUAUUUGUCUAAAGAUUUGGUACAUGUCUACGUGUUGUAACUGACAGUUGAUGAUUCCUAGAGGUUCUGAAAGAGUUCUGAAAUCCUUAUUGUUCUAAAAGACUUUUUGAUGAUCUGGUUUCUAAACACAGAUACACAACUAUUGUGCUGGACUUUGUAUAGUUCUUUUCUGUGCUUAAGCGGUCUAGCAAGUUCAAAACAACUUUAAAAGGUUUCUGAAGGUUCUUGAAGUAUUGGACAGCUUCUUGACAGUCCUGAUGCAUUGUGAAGAAUCCUAUAGGUCUUGCAGAAUGUGACAGGUUCCUGUCAUUUUUCUAAGGGUUUGGACAAACUAAAGGGCUCUGCUGGGUUCUGACAGGUUCCUAUAAUUUAUGGUCUAAAGGUUUAGAUAGAGCAAUAAAAUGUAGUCCAAAAAUUGGAUCAGGUUCCUGAUUGUUGGUGGAUUCCCAAGGUUCUGGAUAUGUAAUAGUUCUAAUAGUUGUGUGAGUAUUCUGGCAGGUUUCUGACAUUUCUGAAGGCUUUUCUGAUGAUCUGACAGUUUAAGAAUUUGAAACUGUACAGUUAUUUUAGGCUCGUUAAGGUCUAACAGGUUUAAAACAUUUUUGAUGGGUUUUUAAAGCUCCCAAAGGUUCCUGGCAGAUUCUGCAUGUUCUUGACAGUCCUGGUGGAUUUUUGUUAGUGUGGAACCCUCACCUGAAGCUUCUUUUUGACUUAAUCUGGUGUCCAUAUUGGACUGUUUUCUGGCUGCUGAGUGCUGGUGACCUCCAAGACUGGACUAUGUUCAUCCUUACAUACCUCCUGGACAUUUAAAGACCUGUAUCAUAACUUCUUCACCUGUACUUUUAAUCAAUGUGUAAUAUAAACAAUUUUAAAUUUGGUUGUGCAGCGACUUUGAACCACAGCCACAGUAGUGACGAGCCAUGGUGAUAAAGGAGGCAGCUCUUGUUGGAGAAGAAAACCUGCAGGACUUGUGAUGUUGAAGGCGACUGGAGGAGUAGUGUUGCACCUAAAUGAAUAUCUGCACUAAGUUUGAAAUAGUUAACGUUGGGCGUAGAAGGAUCCAGAGUUGGUUGUUGAAGCAAUUAAAGGUCUUUGCUGCACCGAGACCAGAGACUCUACUGAGCUGAACCUGAGCUGCUGCAGCAGUGGAUUCUUAAUGUUUGCAAAAAUAACAUUGUGUAUGUGUGUUUGAGUGUGAGCACAUACAUAACCUCAAAGAACACUGAAAAGAGACGUCAGUCAUGAUGUUCUGUGAUAUGAUUGGUCUGGAAAAAUCAGCCAACUGGGUGCCUGUUGGAUGACGUAAACACAAGUGCUGUUGCGUAUUAUCUGAGAACAGAAUGCAGUGUCUUUCCUUUAAACAUUAAAGUACAGUGAGUGACA